AUGAAGUUGGCAUCAACCAAGCUGAGCGGUGAUAGAAGCACGCCAACUUUUAUUGCCCAGGUUGGUAUCGCUGCUGCACUUCCGAGCGGCAUAUUCGCGGACCAUGACCUUGGCUUCGCUGAAUUCCAUGACUUCUUGCUCAAGAAGGGCGAAGCGUACACGGAAAUCCCACGUAAACGGUUGAAUAUACACUCCUGGGCGGGCGAUGCUCUCGGAAAGGUGGCCACGACGCAUGGUGGCUUUCUCAAGGAUGUCGACAAAUUUGAUCACCUCGAGUUCGGUAUAUCGGCGAAGGACGCUCGCGCGAUGUCGCCGAGUACUAGAAAGCUUAUUGAGCUGUCUUUCCUCGCGCUUUUGGACUCGGGCAUAGACUAUCGAGGCCGGAACGUCGGCUGUUACGCCACAGCAACGAAUCAUGACAUUAUGAACAUCGCUGAACCCGAUCUUACCGAGGCUAGAGGGUCGUUUGCGGGCAUGCCUUGCAUGGUCGCUAACAAGAUAUCAUACCAUCUUGACCUUCGGGGACCAUCCAUUCCUAUGGACACGGCGUGCAGCUCAAGCCUUACUGCGACUCAUUUGGCAGUGCAAGCAUUGCGUGCAGGGGAAUGCGAAGCCGCCGUUGUAAGUGCUUGCCAACUCAAUCUCAGACUGGCUGAUUGGGUCCAGUACAGCCAAGCAUCUGUACUUGCGCCAGAUGGAAAGUGCAAGCCAUUUGAUGCUCAUGCUGAUGGGUUCUCCAGGAGUGAAGGGGCAGUAUCAAUUGUCCUAAAGCUCUAUGAGAAUGCAGUCAAAGAUGGUGACCAUAUCUAUGCUAAUAUCUUGGGAACUGGUAUCAAUGCAUGUGGAUCUGCAGGACCUGUACAUGCACCUAUUGCAUCUGCACAAGCUGAAGCUAUGGAGAGAGCUUUCCAUGCAACAGGCUAUGUCCCACAGGAUGUAGAUUUUGUUGAGAUGCAUGCCACUGGUACAACUGUGGGAGAUCCCAUUGAAGCCUCUUGGGUGGGUGAAAAGUUCAGCAAAGAUGGAGAACUGCUGGUAGGCAGUGUAAAGGGUAACCUUGGCCAUCUUGAGAUUACUGCAUUUCUUGCAUCUAUCUGCAAGGUCUGUGGUAUCAUGGAGACUGGUGUCAUUCCACCAAAUGUCAACCUCAAAGUGAAGAACCCUGCUAUCCCAUGGGAUCAGUAUAGACUCCAUGUUCCUCUGCAGCCAAUUUCAUUGAAACCUCAAUCUGUUGCAGGAGGGUCACUAAUCUCAAUAUGCAGCUCUGGAAUUGGAGGAUCAAAUGGACAUGCUUUGCUGCAAAGCUGUCCAGUCAUGGUCCAUGAUUCUGGACUUUCUUCAGGACCUCUACAGUUGAUGAUGGCAGGAGGCCUAUCUCCAAGAUCUGCCACAUCAAUGGCCCAAAACCUUCAGGAAACCAUCAGACAAUCUCCAUCACAGCUAGCUGCUAUCUCAAAUCUUCAUGGUCAUCAAGUCAGAAGCAUGACUUGGAGAACUUUCACAGUCAUCAACAGAGACAAAUUGCAGGCUAAUAUGCUCAGGUUUCCAGAGCCUAUUCUUUCUCCCCAUGAAAGGCCCAAGAUUGUUUUUCUCUUCUCAGGACAAGGCCCACAACAUAUGGAAAUGGGUCGUCAGCUCUUCGCCAGAUUUGAUUCCUUCCGCGCUACUAUCCAAGAACUUGACCAGAUUCAUCUUGAGCUUACUGGGACAUCCCUCCUUCAGGAUGUCGGGCUAUUUGGUCCUGCCACGACAGCCAAGCCCCUUCCGAACAUCUGGCCAAUCAGGAUUAUCCUGCCGUCUCUCCUCAUGGUCCAUAUUGCCCUUCAUGACCUUCUCGUCAAGCUCGGUGUGCAGCCCGACAUCGUCAUGGGCCAUUCAGCCGGCGAAACCGCCAUGCUCUAUGCCUGUGGUGCGGGAUCGAAGCGUAUGGCGAUGGAAAUCGCUGUUAUGCGUGGGAAAGUCAUGGAAGCCGUCGAGCAGGCAAGAGGAGCCAUGGUAGCUUUGUCGUGCGCACCACACCGUGCUCAAGCUAUCAUCCACGCGGUCAGGACUUCCGACUCAGACGAUCCAAAGCAUGGCCGAGCCCUGGCGAUUGCAUGCUACAAUGGUCCCGAGGCUGUUGCCAUCGCUGGUGACGAAGACUCAAUACAACGCGCCGUCGACGUGGCCCAUGAGCAAGGCAUCCUGUCGCGAAGAAUCCAGACUGGCGUCGCGGUGCACUCAGCUCUGAUGGAGCUCUGCCGCGAGGAGUAUUGCGCACGACUUACCGAAAUAUAUCAACGCCAUGGCGAGGACCUGUUGAAUCCUCGCGUCACGACCUAUUCUACUGCGACGGGUAUGCGACUCCGGCACUUCACGGCUGAUUAUUUCUGGCGCAACAGUCGGGAUCCUGUACUCUUCGUGCAAGCGGUGCGGCGGAUAUUGCACGAACAUCCAAAUGCAAUCUUCGUCGAGAUCAGUCCUCAUCCCGUUCUGUCGGGCUACCUCCAGGAAAUCGGAGCCACGCCGUCUUCCGUAGCGUGUCCCAUGCGCCGGACGAGGUCUUACGACGCUGGCGAUGAAGAGCUUGCGUUGCUCACCGCGUUAGGCCGCGUUGUUGCAGCAGGUUAUAACGGCGUUGACUUCGAUGUCUUGUGCCCUGUCGAGCGGCCGCGAGACCGUAAGGCUCGAACGCCUCCAUAUCCCUUCUUGAAGAAAACGGUUGCCUACCUACCAGAGUUUUCACCCCUUCUGCGGACGCAGAUUGGGCCUGCACUAAGGCCCUUGCACGGGAAUAGCCUACGGGUCAACUACAUGACGCAUCCCGACAUCGCGCAGCAUAUAAUCAACCACGAGCCCAUCAUGCCUGCGAGCGGCUUCCUAGAGAUGGCAUUGGAAGCGGGAUCAUUUCUACUUUGGAAUGUGCAAUUCCAUUCCUUCUUCUCGCUUUCGGCCGAGCGUCCUCCGUUACUCGAGUUCAGACGGGAUGGACUCCAGUGGAGUAUCUCUUCUAGGACAGCAACGCAAUCUUAUCAGGAGAAGGACGUGGCGGCUUCAGCUGUCCACGCUGAGGGCUACAUGCUCUGUGAUCAACCUGACAUUGGAGCCUGUGUUGCGACAAAGAUUGAUCUUGGCGACCUUCUUCGUAGUCCGCCGAUCACAAUCAUUUUAUGGGUAGACUUCUAUGCCGACCUCAAGCACUUUCAGUAUGGUCCUCAUUUCCGCCGCAUAUCGCGCAGUCAUUUCGGCGAUGACGACGUUCUGGUGGAGGUUAGAGCCCUCGAAGACGACUCGACGGCAUCGACGUAUGUCGUACCUCCGAACAUCCUCGAUGCCUGCAUACACGUCGUCGCCCACCCACGCUUCACAGCUAACUAUGAUCCUAAUGCCUACUACCUACCUUCGUCGUUAUCGUCCCUCCGCCUUGACGAUGUCCCAACGGACUCCACAUUUCGCGAGAAGGUCUACGCCUAUGCAGUACUUAGGCAGUGGCUCCCAGAUCAGGUCAUAAGCGAUGUGUUCGUCUUCAGCAAAUCUGGCCGCAGGAUUUGUACUCUAGAAAACCUCGUCCCGUUGGCUAUGGUCGCACAGGCUUCAUCAGACCUACAGAACGGGAUUGAGCACAUGGUGAGAACUUCAAUGACGCAGUUUUCAUGUGCGCAUUCCGAAGUCGCGGAAAUACUUACUACUCUGUAUUACCAACUCGGCCACGAAAUUACGAUUCAAGCCAACAUACGGCAUCUCGACGUCAAUGAACCGCUCUCUCUUUGGUUCAUCGCAAAGACCCAACGAGAUGGAGAUGCCGCGAGAGGGUUUACUAGGUGUCUUCGGCGCGAAUUCCCUCAGUGGGACAUCGGGUUGCUCAUUUGCACAGACAAAAUGCCGGAAGCCGACAUCAUCAAGCACAUCCGCCUCUUGACUCGCACGCCGGGAUCAGACCGGGAACUCGUCCUCAACAAGCACAGCGAAAUUCUUGUACCCCGCUUCCGUGCAUCCUCCUCGCCUGGGACCCAAGCGCCAUCUUUGAUCCGCUCAGCUCUCCCUGUGGGUAGGCCCCCUGCGCAACACGUCCGCUUGGAGGUUAUCGCUACGCAUUCCCAGGGAUCUACGCUUCACGGCGUCAUAUGUCGGGUGGUGGCUAUACCUGAUCCCGAUGACACCUCGCCAUCUCUUCUCGGCGCACUAGUCGUUACUGUGGUAUCGGACGCACCUCGUCGCGCUAUCAUGACGCUGCGUCGCGACUGCCUUACUCGUAUACACGACGAAUCUGCCGCACAUAACAUUGCAGCGGUCUCGCCCAGCAUACUCGUUGUCGGGAUGCUGCUAGGUGCAGAUGCUUUCACUGGCGCCGGACGUGGAUUACCAGGCCAAAUCUUUGUCGUGUCCGAUGGCUCCGAGUUGGGACAACACCUCACAUGGCUCCUUCGACAACUGGAUGUGCAUCCUGUUGCCUUGGACGCUCGCAGUCUGCCCGUGGCCCUUGCGCGUCUCUCCCUCCAAACCCCGGAUAUUGUAGUCUGCGAAUGCACCCGCGAUGCUGACAUCGCCAGAACGUUCGCCGGCAGCGGUGCUCGCGUCUUCGAUUGCUCCGACGGCAAUAAUCUGAUUCGACAUACGAUCGCCAGCAAUCCCUACCUCAUCGGGGAGACGUUACGGCUCGGACUAGAGAAGCUUCACGACUCCGAGUUCCCAACGCGAACCACCCCUCCUACCAGCACUCAGAUUGCUCUUGCUGCGCACGCGGAGAUCCCGAUCGACGAAGGAGAACACCACGCUCUCUUCAAGGCCGACGAGACAUACAUUCUGAUCGGUGGUAUUGGAAGUUUAGGGCUUCAUAUUGCGCGUUGGAUGUACGACAGGGGCGCUCGCUCCAUAGUUCUGACGUCGCGCUCUGGACGGGCAUCCCUCGAGCGCGCAAACAACAUCCUCGCUCUGCGUAUUCUCCGAUAUCUCGAGACACGACCCGAUUUGUCUCUGAAGCUGGAGGCGUGCGACGCCGUAUCGCAGAGCGCGUUGCACGCUCUGCUCUCCAACCCUGAGCAGCGGAUCGCGGGCUGUAUACUUCUCUCGGGCGUUCUCAUGGACCGCAUGUUCCUUUUCCAAGACGCCGAGAGUUUCGAGGCCGUCUUUCGUCCCAAAGUGCAGGCAUUCGAGGCCAUCGAGGCUACGAUGGACAUUGAAUCACUGGACUUCUUCGUAGCCGUUUCGUCAAUCGCGACGUUUGGAAACAUUGGACAGACCAACUAUGCUAGCGCAAAUACGGCUCUUGAGGGAAUGAUGAUGCAGUAUAGGAAUGCCUUCGCUAUCGUUGCACCUGCUAUUGUCGACACGGCCUCUGUUGCGAGCCGAGAUGGCGAUGACCAUGGUCCGAGGACGGAACUGAAUCACUUAAUGGAAUGGGCAUUCUCGUCCGAAGAGUUCUGCAAUUACCUCGAGGACGGAAUACACAAGCUCGCAGACGGACCCGUAGGUCUCUACGUCCCCGACUUCAACUGGGACCUUGUUCACCAACACAUGGGCCCCUCGCCUCUCUACGAUCAUCUUGCUACGCCGGUUUCACACCUGUCGAAUCCCAGUCCGGAGCACGAGGCGCUGAACCGAGAAGCCGCACUGCAGGAUAUUAUUCUACGACACCUGGACAUCCAGAUCAAUGAGUUCUCCCCCGAAGUUCCUUUGACAUCAUACGGGAUCGACUCGCUGUCUGCGGGUCGCAUCGCCCUUGCUAUCAGGCCGUAUCUCUUCGUGUCAUCCAUGCAGCUCCUGGGUGGGCUCAGUAUGUCCGCCCUCUACGACAGGCUCCCGUCGCACCGGAGCACGACGGCGGAAGACACCGAGCUGCAGACGAUAGUGAAGUUCGUCGACGUGGAGGAGGGUGGUCCGCCUCUGUUCAUGGUCCACGGAGCGCCGGGCAACGUGACGACGAUCGCACCCGUGGGCCAGCACAAGUGGGCGAAGCCCUUUUGGGCGGUACAGACCACCCCGGACACGCCGCUGCACUCUCUCCGCGCCAUGUCCCAGUUCUAUUGCCAGCGGAUCCGGGCGGUGCAACCGCGAGGCCCCUACCGCGUCGGCGCGUACUCGGCGACGACCGUCAUCGCGUUCAUGCUGGCCGAGGAGCUGCUCGAUGCGGGCGAGGAGGUCGAGCGGAUAUACCUCCUCGACCAUUCCCCGCUGCUCUUCAUCUCGCCGUACCUGGAGCCUGACGCGGAGUCUGCAAGAGAGCGGAGACCGUCGCACGAGUUGGUGCUGCAAGCGCUGCAGACGAUGCUGGCGCUGCUCCGCGCGGACCCCGCUCCGUCCCGGCACAUGAUGGCCCAGAACUACGAGGACAUCUCGCACGGGGUCCCCGGGACGUCCUACGACCGGGUCUGGGAGCUGUUCCAGUACAUCGUGAAGGGGACGUACGAGUUCCUGUUCGAGCUCCUGCCUCCGGAGACGCCCUACUCGCUGGACGCGAUGCAGGACGCCGUCGUCGCGUGGCUGCGGUCCAUCAAGGCGCCCGUGACGUUGGUCGUGGCGAGGGAGGGCGUGCUCGGGGAUAUGAGGAGGAUCGUGCCGGACGGGAGCUGGGAUGCGUACGGCUUGGAGAGGGCGUUCCCGGAUAUGCGUCGGGUGGAGGUGCCGGGCACGCAUUUCAGCAUGUUUUUCGAGCAGGUUCUUGCUGAUGCCUUGCAGACGUGA